UUUGAGUGCAGUGGCCGCUGGAUUAUCGGGCACAGGGCUGGCGGUGGAGGGGUCUCCGGGCUGGCAAUGAAUUCUAAUAGAGGGUAAUAUACAGACAGGACAUGUGCAUAUUACCUCAGCACUAUGGACAGACCUGCCAGGAGUAAAAAAUCAGUGGAUUAUUCCCAAUUUUUGGAUUUAGAAGAUGAUGACGAGGAUUUUGCUUCUUCUGCACCUGUAAGUAAAAAAGCUCGAGUGGAGACAAAGAAAGAGAAAAAGGAAAAACCUGUGAAGAAAACUCCCAAAGAAGAGUCCACGCCAACCAAUUCCCCCAAAAAGAGACUUCCUUUGGAAGAUAAACUGUAUCGGCGGGAUUUGGAAGUUGCUUUGGCCCUGUCUGUGAAGGAGUCGUCUGUUAUCAUAGAGAACGAUGAGAAUAUUACGAGAAACGAAGCCCCAGAAGACAAUUACAGGUAUAUUAAAGAUCCCGACGUGUCAGAAGUGUCUUUCUCAAACUGCAGUGUUGACAGCAGCACGCUAGGUCUAGAAGAGAUCAUAGAUGAUGAUGAAGACCUUGUUAGAGGAAGAGGUCGCAGGCAAGCAGCAUCUAAGGCCAUUUGUGAGCAGAGGAAACUUCUGACAGAAGAAAGUGGUGAUGAAGAGGAGGCUGAUGAGUUUAAUCCAGAUACAAUAGCAGAUGGGGAUUCUGAGAGUGACACAAGUUUCAGCGGCGAAGAUGAAGAAUUUGAAGUAAAAAAAUCUAAGAAACCAUCAGCAAGUAAAACUGCUAAACAAAAGCCGAAGAGUGAAAAGAAGGAGAAAAAUGUCUCAAAGACACAGAAAGCUGCACCUGCGCCUCCUACUCCAGUGACCAUUAAAAUAAAGCCAAUGCCAGCAAAGAAGGCACCAGUCAGUUCACCUGCUGCUUCUAAGCCAGCUUUACACACCAGCCCGCCAGUGGGCAUGAACAGACCAGCAUGGACACCUCCAGCUUCAUCUGGAGCAUUGAAGAGUCCUCUGGCCGCAGUAGAUGUAAGGUCUCCUAAUCAAGGUCUGCGCCUCGGCCUGUCAAGACUGGCGAGGGUGAAACCAUUACAUCCAGCCACUGCCUUGCAUUGAGCCCUCCUCAUGGACAUGCAGAAUAACUGCAGUA